AUGUCAAGUGAUAUUCACUCCACCAAGCCCGAGCUCUUCACCCAAUUGGAUGAAGCUCAGGCUAUGAGUGUUCAACCACUUCCAGAGGAGCAAUUGGAGCAAAUCCCAUUGUCUAUCCCAAUCUGCUAUAGUCUUUUAGAAGCUCUUUACAACUUCGAACGCAGCCAAGGCUCAGUACCAAGAGUACAAGCUAUUCUCGAUUCAAUUGUUAAAUCCGAAUCUUUCUUUUUCCAGGAGUCACCUGUAAUGUACGAGCCGACAGGCGGAUUCCUCUCACUCGUUCCAGAUGAUGGACACGUUUACAACAUCAACUGGAAGGCAUUCAUUUUACAAGCACACAUUUCAUUCCUCAUCGCUCAAGGAUGGGAUUCAAUCUCCGCCAACCGCAAGAAAGGAUUUUCACGCUCAGACAGCAGCGAAUUACAGCAGCCAAUGCAGACACCACAGUCUCUCAUUGGAUCACGCGCCGGCACAUCCAUUGGUAUUGGAUCUCUUGCCCGCCGUCAGCAACUUGGCCCAGUUGGCUCAUUCGCUCAGAGAUCAGCCAUCGCUGCACCAAGCAACAUCGGCUCUCUUACACUCACAGAAGUUCCAAAGCUCGAACGUGAUGAAGCCGCUCAAGCACAGCCAGAGAACCUCCCAGCUGACUACGAUCCACAGCACAUGUUCUCCAUCCAGAUCCAGUGCGGAAUGCAGUCACCAGUCUUCCGUGCUAUCAUUGCUGCCAUUCUUGCACGCGGCCUUCUCGAUGUUGCCUUCGCUUACACACUCGUCAACAACUACGCCAAGGAAAUCGAAGAUGCUGAUAUCAAGCCAGCUACACAGAACGAUUCAACAUCUGCUUUCGAUAACUUCUACCAGACACUCAAUGCAUCAAUGAACAUUGACGAAGCCCAGAUCUACGAAUUCGUCGCCAAGGACAAGAUCAACGCUAUCUUCGAUGCAUUCCAGAACGUUGACCCAUUAGUCUGCACACCACACGCACGCAACUUCAUUGAGUCAAUCAUUGCACCACUCUGCUAUCACGAGACACCAAGCUCAGCUCGCCGUGCCGCUGCUCUCUACACAAACUUCCUCAACUACCAUAACUGGGAUCCAUCCGUCACAAAGGUUGUCACAUACAAGACACCAAUCUUCUUCCCACAGCAGGGCGACAGCAAGCUUCUCAUUACUGCUCCAACAAAGAACGGCAAGCAGUUCUUCCUCCGCCAGACAGGCAAGUACACACCAAACACAACAGGCUUCUUCGAUGUUGCUUACGCUCGCAUCCUUCCAUCCGGCGAAUACGAAGUUGACAAGAACGUCCAAGUUGUCAGAUACGUCGUUCUCCCAUCAACAGCUCGCCAGGAAGUCAUCCACGAGCUCCCAGCCUUCGACCACAACGGCCCAAUCAGAUUCGACGCCCUCGAAGCACAGCUCGAAGACCUCGCCGACAAUGGUGUCACAGCUGUCCACGUUCCAGGUGCUAUUGCCACAACAAAGCCAUAUCUCCUUACACACGUUACAGAUCACUCUGUCAUCUCCAAGGAGUGCGGUGGCAUCGAACUCUUCAAGCAGUUCGCUGAGCACGCAAGGAACUUGAAGCUCCGUGUCCUUCUCGACUUCGAACCACUCGUCUCUGUUCUCAUGUCAUCUCGUAAGUACUCAAUGUACAACACAGUCCACAUCGACGAGUUCGGCAGAUUAGUCACAGUUGUCUGCCCGAAGACAGAAGUUACACUCCUCAACGUUCGUUCCACCAAGUUAUGGGAACUCUUCGCUAAGGAGAUCUCAACACUCGCCGAAAUCCCCGGAGUUUCCGGCUUCUUCCUCGGCGAUGUUUCCCAUUGGGAUCAAGUCUACGGCAGAGAUCUUCAGGAACUCACAAAGAUCGAUCCAGAUGACGAGCCACACUACAACAGAUUCAACAUCUUACAAGGCACUGUCGUCGACAUCAAGUCCGAGAACUGCGGCUUAAUCACACGCAAGGCCAAGCGCUCUCCAUUCCUCAUGAAGAUCAUGUCCAUGAUCUGGGCUGAACAUCCAGACACAUUCGUUUGGAUGCAAUGCCAGCCACAGCAGGAAGCAUUCUGCCUCGAGUCCGGUGUCAUCCCACAGUGCAGCGAAUUCGCUGAUCUCAUCAUCAACGAGAUCAACAACGCUUCACACACAGAGGACUUCCACUACAUCGCUGCUUCCUCCAACCUCAAGAAGUUCUACGAGGAACGCCAGGAGAGACUCCCAGAAGGCUACCUUGUUGUCACACCAUUCUCAUCAAUGACAACAGGCAUCGCCCCACUUCCAAUCGAGAGAUACCAGCUCGCAAUCGACUUCCUCUUCUUCCACACAGAUGUUCCAAUCACAGGCAACUGCCUCAACCAGCUCACUGUCUUACCAACAGCUUACGACAUGACAUCAAAGCCAAAGGUCUAUCGUGUCAACCCAUCCGCCACAAAGUUCAACGCUUGCCUCAAGCAGCGCGCUCAGUCUCGCUCCAGAGCUGACUGGAUCUUCAACGGCGAUGUCCAAGUCUUACCAGCUACAUACAACCACGAAGUCAACAACGCAGUCUCUGCCACAAUCAGAAUCUGCCCAGAGAACAACAGAUGCGCACUCAUCACAUCCUCAUUCUACCCACAUCCACUCAUCUUCGAGUUAUCCAUCUCCAACUUACCAAUCUUCAAGAACAUCUCACACGAAUCAAUCAUCGAAAUUGUUCCACUUCUUCUCUUCACACAACAGGGCUCAUCCAACUCAGACAAGCCACAGUACUAUGCUUACAACGAAGCUGCUUCUGAGGGAUCACAGCUCUUCUUCGAUAUCUUCCCAUACGCUACAAACCUCUACGAAAUCCGCCUGAAAUCACCACCAAUCGAACCAACAGUCCAGAGAACACUCAGGGAACACGUUUACACACGUCUCGAAUUGGCUCUCAACGUCAACUCCAUCUCCGUCCUCGCCAACAACGAGCUCAUGAUCAAGAUCCUCGACAUGUUCGAUGAUGAGAACAAGGACCCAGAAGCUCUCGAAAAGAUCAUCGCAAUGCUUCCACUCAGAAACGCACAACAAGAAAUCAUCUUCAGAAACGCUCUCUUCUUCGCAACACGCCACAUCCGCUCCAACAGAGACCUCAUCAAGCUCUCUGAGAAGGAAGACGAAGUCAUCCAGAAGCGUGAGAAGAUCGCCAUGCGCGCACUCAAAUGUGCUCAGGCCUCCAAGAUGGUCACACCAUCACAGUUCGCACAGAAGGUUCUCGAUUCCAACAACCUCGGCCCAAUCUUCUUCGUCACACCAGAACUCGGCCCAUUCUCUCGUGUCGGUGGUAUCUCAACAAUGGUUUGGGAACUCGCCAAGGAAUUGGUCUCAAUCGGUGUCGAUGUCUCCGUCAUUUCUCCAUACUACAACAUCGGUCCAAAGGGUGAGACAAACUACCUCACAAAGUGGGAUAUCAAGUUCCAGAGAACAAUCGAUGUCUACGCACCAGAUAAAUUCGAAGUCGGUGUCCACUACGGUGUCGUUGAUGGUGUCAAGUUAUGGUUCCUCCACAACUACACAUUCUUCUCAACACCAUAUCCAACAGGCUCCACAUCAUACAAGCUCCAGUACCUCAUCAUGAUGGCUAAGGGUGCUCUCGAAUUGCUCUGCCAGGAGAGAAUCAUCCCAUCAUUAGUCAUCACAAACGACUGGCCAACAGGUUUAGUCGCUGCCUACGCUAGACAGACAUUCGGCUCCGUCUUCGAAGGCACACAGUUCCUCCACAUCUUCCACAACUUGGGUAUCGGUUACGCCGGCAAGAUCUGGCCAUCAGACCAGAACACUGGCGCCCUCCACUACCUCCACAACUUGCCAGAUGAGCUCAUCGUCGAUAACUUCGACCACUCAUUCGAUCCAUCACUCUCCGCAUUACACUGCACAGACCAGUGGGCAACAGUUUCCAAGAAGUACCGCGAGGAGUUGCUCGAAGGAUCUCCAUACAACUACUUCUUACGCCAGUUCCCGAAGCCAUUCGCCUUCUCCAACGGUAUCAGAUUCCAGGAGAGACUCAAAGCUCUUGAGAACCUCAAGAUGAACCACACAGAGGCAAAGGCAUUCAUCCAGAAGAAGUACUUCGGAAGCUCAGAUCCAUCAAAGUGCUUGUUUGUCUUCGUCGGCAGAAUUGUCGAACAGAAGGGUGUCCACUUAAUCACAGACACAUUCGAGGAACUCAACCGCGAAUUCAACGGCAGAUUGCAGUUCAUCGUCGGUGGCCAGGCUGCUCCAGAUGACAGAUCAUACGGUCAACCAGUCUGCGGCAGAAUGUGGGAUCUCAAGAACAGAUAUCCAGAGUCAUUCUGGGCUGAUCCAUCUGCAUUCUUCACAGAUGGCUUAGCUUGCUGCCACGGUGCUGAUUACUUCCUCGUCCCAUCAAUGUUCGAACCAUCAGGCAUUGUCCAACAGGAGGCUUUCGCUUCAGGAACACCUUGCAUUGCCUUCAGAACAGGUGGUCUUGCUGAUACAGUCUUCGAGUUCGACAGAGAGAAGCGUACAGGAAACGGUGUCGUCUUCUGGGCUCACAGACACAGAGACUUCAUCAUGGCCGUCGAGCGCGCUAUCGCUCUCUUCAAUGAGCCAGAUCUCUACAACACAAUGAGAAAGAACGCUUUCGAAUCAGUUCUUUCUACAGAAACAGUCGCUCGCGCUUGGGCUAGAGAAUUCGCUAGACUCUUCCAGAAGAUCUACGAUGAUCCAGUUUCCAACUAA